CUCCUGUCAAGGCUUACUCUACUUCCAGACUUACAGGCCUUCUGCACGUGCAGCACACCUUUUGGUAAAUUUCUAAGCUUUUCAGGGUUGCCACUGCACAAUAACGACCGUGAAAUUUCCUGUGCCGGUGGUUACUCUCGUGAAUCAAGAGUGAUAGGUUUCAUCGGAGAUCAUUACUGGCAGGAGUCAAAAAGUGUUGCCUUUUUAGACCACAUUAUAAUGAAAAUAGCGCCCAUAGCGCCAGUACAAAUAAAGUAUUGUUUGUUUGCCAAAAAUUGUACAAAUGAAAAAAAUAAAUCUAAUUACUUAAACUCUCAUGGCGAGGAAGCCCAAGAGAAGCCACCGGGCUUAUAACAAUGUUUAUCCCCGCAAAGUUUGCCCAGUACGAGUAAGAUGCUAGUUGAAAACUCCAUUGCUCUUGUACCCUUUACUCAUCCUUUAUUCUUACAUCAGGGUUCCCAUGUCAUUAAAGGCGAUUGGGGAUCUCGUUGUUUCCUGAUCGCUGCAAAUUUUACCACCUUAAAAUAUUGAUUGUUUAUAUUUUCCUAUACAUGUUCAUGUUACACGAGACAUUUAACUUUUGAACAGGUUCUGGGGUAUUCAGUGCGGUUUCCAGCUAAACAAAGAAAAUUCCCCAAAAGAGGAAUCAGUCUGGUCCUUUUUGCGUUUUUGACGAUUUUUUUUGUUUGCGGUUUUGCGAUAAUAGGCUACAUUGCUCACCUUCGAUCCCCUUCCAAAAAAAAACGAAGUAAGAAGAAGAAGACCGCCUGGUGGUCCAGGCCUGAUCGCUCUCAAACUCACUUUUUAUAUCUAAACUGUUUCAAUUUCCUUUUUCUUCUCAAUACUGUAAAACAGGCAAUUUCGUACAGAAGUCCUAGAAUUAUUCCUUCAAAUAGCGUUCACUAACUGAAAAAGGCUAAUGGUGUCGAGUUAAUCAUCCACCCCCUCUCUUGUGCAUUGUCAUUUGAUUGGACGAAUUACAGCAAUAAUAAACAAUGCACAAUCGUCACAGCCUCUCAAACUGUCUCCAGGCAAGGAUAAGUGCCUUCUCCGACUAUCAACAAUACUCUCGCGGAGCGGAGAUAUUGAGUUGUCCGAGAAGUGAGCAACGGUUUCUUGUUGGAAAUUUGAAGUCAUAUCAUCGGCGAUGACUUCUCUACGAGACCGCACGGAGAGUAACAUCAAAUACGAGCCGGCAAGUAUGUGAAGAGUUUUGAUUUGCCUUCCAUAGCUUAUGCAUGGGGACUGCAGUGAGUAUUUAGGGAUUAUUAAGGGAUCGUCCCCCUGCUUCGCUCAAGGGAGGCUGUCAUUAAUUCUUUGAUUUCCACUUGCAACUAGAAUACCUUACCUCAAACCAUGUAUAAGGAGGUAUUUCUUGCCAGAUUUUGGAGAUGGAUAGGAGAAUAUUUACACGGCAGAUGAUUUAAUACCGUCACAAAUUAAAUAAGCAAUCUGGGCGCGUCUAACGUAUAUGCGUAAGCCGCUUCUGAUCGGUCAACAAAGAGGAUAUUUCUACCGGCGCAACUACCAGAUCGCUAUUGGUUUUCUAAUGGAGACCGUACAGCGACAAUGUACAACUACAGUUUUUCCGCCGUAACACAGGAACCGUGUGCCAGUUACUUUAUUCUUUCAGCUUUAUUUGUAAUAACCAAUGGAGUUUAUGAAUCUUACCCUAAUAUUUAAAAAAAUACAAAUACAAGAGCAAGCUAAAAAGAUAUGACAGGUUGAAAAACAGAUCACAUGACAUCCAUUGAAUAGGUUCUUCGACUUGUUUGUUUUCACUAAAUACAGNAGUUUUGAUUUGCCUUCCAUAGCUUAUGCAUGGGGACUGCAGUGAGUAUUUAGGGAUCGUUAAGGGAUCGUCCCCCUGCUUCGCUCAAGGGAGGCUGUCAUUAAUUCUUUGAUUUCCACUUGCAACUAGAAUACCUUACCUCAAACCAUGUAUAAGGAGGUAUUUCUUGCCAGAUUUUGGAGAUGGAUAGGAGAAUAUUUACACGGCAGAUGAUUUAAUACCGUCACAAAUUAAAUAAGCAAUCUGGGCGCGUCUAACGUAUAUGCGUAAGCCGCUUCUGAUCGGUCAACAAAGAGGAUAUUUCUACCGGCGCAACUACCAGAUCGCUAUUGGUUUUCUAAUGGAGACCGUACAGCGACAAUGUACAACUACAGUUUUUCCGCCGUAACACAGGAACCGUGUGCCAGUUACUUUAUUCUUUCAGCUUUAUUUGUAAUAACCAAUGGAGUUUAUGAAUCUUACCCUAAUAUUUAAAAAAAUACAAAUACAAGAGCAAGCUAAAAAGAUAUGACAGGUUGAAAAACAGAUCACAUGACAUCCAUUGAAUAGGUUCUUCGACUUGUUUGUUUUCACUAAAUACAGCUAGUCUCCAGCUAAAUUUACGUCCAAAAAUCUUAUCAGUCGAUUCCAUAGCAAUUGCGCGCUGGUGGAAAACCAUUUUAUAGGAUAUCAUGUCAGUAGUGUUUUAAGCUGACCGUCGUUGAUUCAUUACAUAUCACAGAUCCCUUUUCGAUCCUUGUUUGCAAAGCAACCUUGAAAUGACAAUAAUCCGGCCAGGUGUUUGCUUUUUGUCUAGUUUCAAACAUGAGCUCUUUCUUAAUUGUCGUAAUUUUGCGUGGCUUUUUUUUUAUCCCUUAUCUGUUUAAAAGUCAAUCCUAUAAAAAAAAAAUCGCCCUUAUUUCCGUUCCCGGUACCGGGUUGUACAACUAGCGUUACUACUGUUCUUCUCCGCCGAAAAGCCGAGAUAAUCUGGUGAAUAUCAAAAGUUGUAAACAAGUUAGGUUUCAAAGCAAUUUCUCGCCUUUCCUAUGUACAUUUUCAGUACAUUAGUCAGGCUUAGUGUACCUUUUACCCGGGGGGGGGGGGUACUCCUAUAUAUGGGCUAUAUAGGUACGUGCGGCGAAAUAGGGUAUGGUUUUUGAGGUUCUCGGCCCUUAAAUAGGGUAUCUUUUUUUACCCUUUUGUUUCUGUGUCCCUGGUGUGGUCCUUAGAUAGGGUAGCUUAAUUGUAUUAUCUAAUACUGGAGUGUGAAAACGCCCGCCUAAACGAACGGUUUUUUAAAAAAUUGAUUUAAGUAUUAACAAAAUGAUUUUGCAACAAAGGUUCAGAAUAGCCGUUAAGCGGGUAAAUACGCGUAUAGCCUGCGUAGCUGGCGGUAUUGUGUGGGUGACUAUAUUACAACGGCUCCGCCGCCAAAUCUCACUCGACUACUACACAAUACCGCCAGCUACGCAGGCUAAUACGCGUAACGCCUCUUCAAGCCACAUGUUUGUGUUUUCCUUGAAUAGGGUGUCAUUUUUCGGCUUUGGGCCUUAAAAAGGGUAUCAGUUUUCGCUUUCUUAGUUAGGGUUAGGGUUCACGAACCUUCGCGGCACACCCCUAUCCAAAAUUCGCGGGAGUACCCCCCCGGGACCUUUUACCAGUCCUCCUUUACUUAAAAAAUCCGCCUAGUUAUCUCAGCCAGAGCGAUUGCAAACCUCGAUGUCAAAUCAGGCGCUCUAUUCUUAAAAAUCCCGUACUUUCGUGGCCCCAUAUCUCCAUCAAAAGCUAGCGAUGAUUUCUUCCUGAACUCCUUUCGGUCUAAAUCUAAAUGAAAUGAAAAAAUGACAUUUUGCUUGAAAUCUGCAUGUUUUUAAUCAUGGCAGUCACAUAUUAAAUGAAUUCUUUCCUGUUUUUCCAAAAAGAAAGCAAAAAAAUAUUACGAAGCACUUUUUUUCUCUUUCAGCUGAAGAAGACGAGGAACAAACAGGAAACUGUUGCUCAAACACUAAGGUUCUCUAUUUUACACCUUUUGUCCUUGUUUCACACCCAUGUAUUAACAGAAAUGUUAUCUUUUUUUCAGCAUUGGUUCCAAAAAUUUCCCAAAGCAACAUGGCCAAUUCUGUUGACAGAAUUUGGAGAACGCUUCUCUUAUUAUGGCAUCAAGAGUGAGUAACCCAAUAUUACUUUCUCUUCGUAAGCUUCAUGAUUCAGUUUACAUUAUACACAACGGGAAGUAAACUUAAUAGUCUACGAGUAGUCCCUUACUUCAGGGACGCUGGAGUGGGGUGGGGCCGGGGGGGAGCUUAGCACACCUCCCCCUUAAUUUUCCUGAAAAUAUAAAGACUUUUUUAGAGAAAGGUUUCCUCUGCCUACCCAUUUUAAGUCCCUUAUCGACCUCUCAGCGUUUCUGGUCCUUUUCUCUAUUCCCCAAUUCGGACAAGGGUGCUGCGCCCAAAUAAGUUAAGUGUCUAUUUACUCUUUAAUCUGGUUGGCUUGGUUUAUCCUGCCAAGAGACGGUUAGCUAUUGCCUACAUCACAACCUGCAAGUCAGUCAAAAGCCCGGACCAGGAGAGGGUGGAAACCUCCUGGGACGAAUGUAUUAUAGUUUAGUAGUUUUGAGGAUGAAUAUCGGAUUAGCCAUAUAAACAUAUAAUGGACAAGUAUAUUUGUCUGCGAAUUAAAUGGCAUAUUUCUUUGGUAGCUGUGUUGGUGCUGUAUUUAACAAAAGACCUGAUGUUCAACAAGCCUGAAGGAAAGAGCAUAUAUCACGCGUUUAGUAUGACAAGUUACUUUACAGGAGUGAUUGGAGCAAUGGUUGCUGACAGCUGGCUUGGAAAGUACAAGUGAGUACAACUGCAGAGCAAUUAUAGGAAUCUAAGAUAACGUACAGCAGUUCUUUCUUGGUUGGUAUAUAUAAAUUGGAUGACCUAGUGUUUGCACUUCGGACAGUGAUACUCUAAGAUUUUUUUUAAACGUCGAUUUAUUGUAACCUUUAGUCAAUUCCCAGAAGUGCACAAAAGUAAGGAACAGUUCCAGAUUCUCAUUACACAAUGAUUAAUACAAUAGUAUCAAAACGAGCCCCGCACUACUCCCCCGGGGCGGACCCGAGAGAGAAGCGGAAAUCGAGUCUAUUAAUAGAGAGGUUAAACAUAGCGUUAAUUACGUCAAACGACAAACGCGAAUUUGUACCACGUGACCAAGUUUCCCCUUUACUUGUCGUUUACUGUUCAUUAUUUCUACACGUAAAUUAAUACUUUCGCGCAAUUUUUUAUCCAUAAGAAUUGUUUUGAGCUGUUUUCAUCUGCUCACUGUUCUAUUUUGAGAAAUUUGACGUUUACCGUUUGCCGUAUACGUGCGGCUUCACGAGCUUGGUAAUCGAUAGUCAAAAGUUAUGAAUUUCAUCACCUUCUCCACUGAUCACUAUAUGAGUGGCCGUUCUUCCAACUGCCGGACCAGGAAGGCGAUUGCACUUGCGAGAUCCAAUUUUAUUGUAUUAAUAAAUAGCCACUAAGAAAGUGAGCGACCUUCCAUGCAUGCUUACAUAAAGUGGAAAUAAGUGGCACGCCCAUAGAAAGUGCGGUGGAACACUCGAUCGUGAUCUUCCAUAAACACAUUUGUCUCCUCGCGCCUCUUUCGCUGAAAAUGGCCGACUCCUAACAGGCGUAGCUUUCCCCUACUUAAAACAUAAUAUAACUUGCUACGUUCGUCUAAUUAGCUUUUUCUUUCUUUUUUAAUGUUAGAACUAUUGCCUAUACCCUGUUUCUUUAUUCCGUGUCGGAAAUCCUCCUGACUCUAACUAGUGUUGACUCCAUUGGUCAGCGAAAUCCGUAAGUAUUUCUUCAGUACUCAAACAACAACAACUUUAGCUUGCGAGCAAGCUCUCCUAUUUUGGCCGGCGAAGUGAGCCUCACUCGCCCAAAUAGGAGAGCUUGCUCGCAGGCUACAACAACUUUAAUUGUACCCGACAGAAUACAAUAAUGUCUUAUGAUAAACAAAAUAAAUUAAUAAAAAUUUAAAGGAGCACCGGAAUUUUUUUCUUUUUCCCUGCUAAGUGAAUCGUCAUUCGUUUCUUCAUUUACUCGUCCAUUUUCUCUUUGUUAGGCAUGGUCAUCCUUCCUUUAGUUAAAAGAGAGCUUUAGAUUUGAGGACGAGGACGACUGAAAGUACGAGAUUUAACUGACUUUUUAUUUGGCGUAUUCUCGAAAAAUAUUCAACCCGGAAAACUUCAUUGUACUAUUUUUCACCGGAAAAAUAAGUGCGGUUAUUUUUUAGUCCUUUCCAGGUCGCCAAAAAAGAAAAAAAACUUCUAAAAUUUGAUAACUUGUUCCCGCCACUAAGACAAUCUCGCUAAAACUCGUAGUAGAAUGACGAGGGCUAUCACGUUUUCCCGGCAAAAUGACCUUGGUUCACGCGUGAGCAAUACUCAGUAUUGAGAAAAUCUCGUGCUCGUAGUCGUUCUCGUCUCAGAAUCUAAAGCUCUCUAAAAGCAGGGGGCAGCGUGACUAAGCCUGGCGAACUAGACUAAGGCAUCGGUUUCGGUGUUUCGUAAGGUAGUCCCCGAGUUCAACUCCUUGGCCAUGUUUGUAAAAAGCUAACUAGUUUGCCCCUUGUCAGUUCGGGAACCAUGUCAUUUUUCGUUAAGAUUAAUCGUUUGUGAUUAUUGAGUAGAACGCCUGUAAACAAGCUGCAAUCAAAGUUAAGUGCACCAGUUCCAUGAUAAACAAAGUUUUUCCUUCCUCUUCCUUUUCUUCUUUCCUACUAUUCAACUUCCCUUUCGGCAUUCAUUCAUUCACUCAGUGUAGAUAUGAAGGUACCCAAGUUUCUUUGUAAUUGCGACAACAUUUUUUCAUUUGAAUUAUCCUUAAGGAUAGGGCCUCUGAUAUCCUUGUUUGCCAUGGCCAUUGCAUGCGGUAACAUCAAGCCUUGCCUCGCUGCCUUUGGUGGUGAUCAGUUCCGCAAAGAUCAGGUUAGUCCAAGAUAACAGAUUAAGCUGACUUUUCGUUGAGCUUGAAGAGAGGACAAAAGGAACAGGUUUUAAAUUCUGAAGUUAAAGACUGUCUUUGUAGGUCUCUUCUGGCAGACGCUAAUUGGAUAAUCACAAGCAAAGAUAUCUAAAUAUGCAUCUGUAGGGUUGCGAGGGCGGAUUCUCUAUUUUACUAAAACUUGCAAGUUCUUUAGACCGCCGUGUUCCGCGUAUCUUUCUCGCAAACUGUGAAUAUAUCAGGUCAGUUAUGCUUACAUUAGCAUCUCAGGAAAAGAGUGUAUUCGGUCGAAGCUCUAACUCGCCUCUCUUUCAACAGGAACACUUGUUAGAGCUGUUUUUCGCCAUGUUCUAUGCGUCAGUGAACGUUGGAGCAGUACUCUGCAUGUGGUUUAUUCCUAUGGUUAGAAGUGAG